AUGUCAGUGGAUAAAACGAUUGAAGAAUUAAGCUAUACGUUAACUCAGCUAGGCACUCUAGUAGGACAUAUUAAUUCGCAAAUUGGACAACUCGCAUCUAGGCAAAUGAUUUCAAAUCAACUAAAUAGUCUUUAUAAAGUUUCAAUCUUUAGAAUCAAUUCUACAUUAGAUACAUUUGAUCAAUCCGUCGCAGGCAUUGCUUUUGACGCACAAAUUAUGUCAACUCACCUUGCGAAAACCAUUUCGCAGGUUCCUAAUGGGUGGCUGUUUUAUUUGUUAUUUUUAACAUUAAUUGCCGUAUUUUUGUUGCUAUCAAUCAUAUUGAUACUAAAUACAAUAAAAAGAAGUCUAGAUGUGUUUGAGUUACUCAAAAAACUUUCUACUUAUAAGUCAGGUAAUUUAUUUUUAAGAUUCGUCUAA